AUGGGUGAUAGAGGCACCUCUGUGAACUGUCCUCCACUGUUUGUGGGAAGGAACUUUUCACAAUGGAAAAUCAUGAUGACCGCGUUCUUUAUUUCCCAAGAUGAUGGGAAACAAUGGAUGAUGGUUGAGGAUGGCUGUUUGUACUCGGCUCUUUCUAAGGGGGAGCGCAAACGAAUCAUUACCUGUAUCUCAGCCAAACAGGCUUGGGAAGUGUUGCUAACAACCUACGAAGGUAAUGAGCAAGUAAGAGAACAGAUGCUCCAAGAUCUUUUGUUAGAUUUUGAUGAGCUGAAAAUGUCCGAAAGUGAGUCAAUAGAUGAGUUUUAUAGUCGUAUUUUGAACAUAACAAAUCAGUGUGCCGGUCUUGAUUCUCCUCUAGAACAAUCUAGGAUUGUCAGAAAGUUACUUAGAGGUCUUCCUCCUAGUUUUGAGAAUAAGAAAGUAGGCAUACAGGAAUCCAAGGAUUUGAGAACCUAUUCUUUAGAAGAGCUAGUAGGAAACCUGAAAACCUAUGAAGCCCAUAAGAAGGGUUUGAUGAAAGAAAAAUCCAUUGCCCUCUCCUCUGUCAAGGAAACUGAGUCAAGUUUACAGAUUAAAAUUCCUGAGGAUGUCGAAUACAGUCUAGAAGAGUGUGCCCUCCUCACAAAACAGUUUGAAAACUUUCUCAAGAAAAGAAGGAAACCGUUUUCCUCGAACCGGGGUUUUGAGAAACCUAGAUUUGGUGAGACAUCACAAGAUAGAGGUCAUGACAGAUAUCCUAGGAAUCCUCAUGUUAAGUCCUCUCAGGAUAGAGGACAAGAUAGAAAUCCUAAGGGUAAGAGUUCCCAAAGAAGCGAUGUGUGUUAUGAGUGUAAGGGUGUGAGACAUAGAGCUGUUGACUGUGCAAAUAGGAGGAUUCGCCCUCAGAAGGCUCUUGCCGUCACGUUUAGUGACAGUGAAGAGGAUCCCUUGUUUGAUCAAGAGGAGGACAUUGUGGCUUUCAUAGCUCGGGUUGUCCUUGAUCCCUCUUUGGAUCAUGAUGAAGAACCAGUUGCCUUCAUUGCCACGGUAUCUCAGAUCGAGACUCCGAAGGAUGAUGAAGAUGAUGAUGGAAUGCAAAAGUUCACUAAACUUGUCAACGCAUCAAAGUCCAUGUUAUCUAAGAUAGAUAUCCUGACCAAAGAUCUUGCAAAAUGUGAAAAAGAGAAAGCAAGGAUACAAACUGAAUUGCUGUCCCAACAAAAAUUGUGGAGAGCCGAAAAGCUGAGUCUAGAAAGUUCUCUUAGUGGUCUUAAGGCUGAUAAGCUAGCACUCGAAGUUUCUCUCAAGGAAUCUCAGCAACAGUUUGCUAAAUUUUCAAUAGGGUCUGAAAAAUUGACCAAGACGUGUGGAAUGGGUAGACCAGAUAAGAACAAACAGGGUUUAGGGUUUGGAACUGGGGAGAACUCUAAGAAUAGUGGAACUGUGUUUGUCAAAAGUAAAGUUCCUGAUGAUAAAAUAGUAACUAACAAGGUUGAGUCUCCAAAAAGAUUCAAACCUACCUGUUAUCACUGUGGUGUUCCUGGUCACAUCCGACCUUUUUGUAGGAAACUCCAAAACAGCCAGGCAUACCCUAGGAGAAACCAAGAGUCUACCAGUUUUCAGAACAAUAAGUCGGUUGCAAGUUUCUUCACAUCUUUUCAAGCCACUCUAGAAAAGUCUCUACAAGAAUUUGCUAGGAUAGCUAAGGGUCUUUCUGUCCCUGUAGCUAGAGAACCGAAUAAGAGCUUAGCUUGGGUUAAGAAGAAGGAGUCCAGACCUCAUGUUCUCAAACCUCCACACAUAGAUUCAAAGUCUUUUGAUGAGUGUGACAGUAAUCCUGAUGAGGAAAACAUUGUCUAUUUCUUGUCACGUGUCUGGACAAAUCUAAGGUCUGUUAAGGAGUCUAGAACAGUAGCAGUGUGCCGCGUAGCUCUUACAGCUCUCACAGCGCGUUGUGCUGAUUCUUGGUACAUAGACAGUGGUGCUUCAAGACACAUGACUGGAGAUCCCAAGUGGUUUUCGUCUAUGGAUGACAUUCAUCCUGAAGGGAAUGUUGGUUUUGGGGAUGGAGCUCGGGCUCCGAUAGUGGGAAGUGGGACAGUAAAUGCCCCCGGUCUCCCUUGUUUGAAAAACGUCCUACUGGUCAAGGGUUUAGAAGUGAGUUUGUUAAGUGUAAGUCAGAUUGUUGAUGAACAUGAUUCAGUCACCUUUGAUAAGCAGAGAUGUGUUGUCUUAGAUGGAUAUAGUGAAGCUGUCUUCAAAAGAAGCCGUCAGAGGGAUACCAAAGCUUGCCGGUAUCCCCCAAGUGUUGCUAAGAGAGUCACAAAUGAAAAAUUGAAUGAUGACAUGCAUAUUGUUAGGAUCAGAUCAGAUCAUGGUACUGAAUUCGAAAACUCUUAUUUUGAAAAUUAUUGUGAAGAGUUUGGUGUGCAUCAUGAAUUCUCUGCUCCUAUCACUCCACAGCAUAAUGGCAUUGUAGAAAGAAAGAAUAAGGUUCUUGUGGAAUUAUCUAGGGUUAUGCUAGCUGCAUCUGGUCUUGAUCAUUCUUUUUGGGCAGAAGCAGUAAACAAUGCUUGUUACACAUUAAACCGUGGACAGAGAGUAUUUGACAAGUUUGAUGCUAAAAGUGACAAGCGUGUGUUCCUAGGCUAUGCUGGAAAUAGUCGAGUCUAUCGGGUGUAUAACAAGAGAACUAGCAAAAUUAUGGAAUCAGUAAAUGUGGCUGUUAAUGAUGCUCUUGUUUGCAAGAAUGAUGGGUGUGUUUUGUCUGAGCAGGUAUCUGAACAAGAAGCUGAACCUACCUCAUCCGAAACCAAGUCUGAUCAAGGAGAUAAUGACUCAGGGAUGGAUGAUGACACAGAUCUUCCAGGAUCUGGGAAAGAUGCUACGCUUGCCAUUCAGCCAAUUCACAGAAGCGGCAAAAGACAAGUACAGAAGGACCAUGAUCUAUCCCAUGUAAUUGGGGAUGUGUCUGAAGCCAGAAAGACCAGGAGUAAGACUGGUCGGUUGGUGAGCAAUUUCUCGGUGUUUAAAUGCUUUGUUGCUAUACAUAAAGAUGACAUCAACACCAUCACAUACUAUGACUUUGUUUCUAUAAUAGAGCCAAAGAAUGUGAAGGAAGCCUUGCUUGAUGCUGAUUGGAUCAGUGCCAUGCAAGACGAGUUGAACCAGUUUGAAAGAAGCAAUGUUUGGCAUUUAGUGUCUAGGCCUAAGGACAAAAAUGUCAUAGGAACCAAAUGGGUGUUCAAAAAUAAAACUGAUGAAAAAGGCAUUAUCACCCGAAACAAGGCAAGACUUGUUGUGCAAGGAUAUUCUCAAAUAGAAGGUUUAGAUUUUGAUGAGACAUUCGCUCAUGUAGCUAGACUUGAGUCAGUUCGUCUUCUACUUGCUGUUGCUUAUUAUUUGAAAUUUACCUUGUAUCAAAUGGAUGUGAAAAGUGCUUUUCUGAAUGGUAUCCUCAAAGAGGAAGUGUAUGUGGAACAACCCCCAGGAUUCCAGAGUCUUACCCAUCCUGACUGUGUCUACAAGUUAGAUAAGGUCCUCUAUGGUCUUAAGCAAGCCCCUAGGGCUUGGUAUGAGAGAUUGUCGAAUCACCUUGUUGACCAUGGAUAUGUGCGAGGCUCAGUUGACAAAACAAUGUUUGUCAAAUGUACCACAGAGCACAUUAUCAUUGCUCAGAUAUAUGUUGAUGACAUAGUGUUUGGGUCUACUUCUCCAUCCCUGGUGAAUGAGUUUACUGAGCUCAUGAAGAAAGAAUUUGAAAUGAGUCUUUGUGGGAAGUUAAGCUACUUCUUAGGUCUUCAAGUUAUGCAAAAUCAAAAUGGUCUGUUUAUCUGUCAAUCUAAGUAUGCACAGGACCUUGUUAAAAAGUUUGGGAUGGAAACGGCCACUGCCUUCCCCACUCCCAUGAGCACCAGCUGUAAAAUCAGUGCUGACAUGUCUGGUAUUAAUGUGGACCAAACCAAUUAUAGGAGUAUGAUUGGAAGUCUUAUGUAUUUAACUGCUAGUAGACCAGAUAUUGCUUAUAGUGUUGGUGUAUGUGCUCGUUAUCAAGCUAAUCCCAAACAAUCUCAUGUCAAAGCAGUAAAGCGCAUAAUCCGAUAUGUUGCUGGAACUCUUGAUCAUGGAAUUAAGUACACUUUUGACACUAAUGUUGAGAUUGCAGGAUACACUGACUCGGACUGGGCUGGAGAUGCAAAUGACAGAAAAAGCACUUCUGGUGGUUGCUUCUUUGUAGGCAACAAUCUUGUUUCAUGGCAUAGCAAGAAACAAAAUUGUACCUCCCUCUCUACUGCUCAAGCUGAGUAUGUAGCAGCUGGUAGUUGUUGCACACAACUUAUGUGGAUGAAACAGAUGGUUGCAGACUAUGGUUUCCAGCAAGGUACGUUAUCUCUUUUCUGUGAUAAUACCUCUGCCAUAAACAUCUCAAAGAAUCCAGUGUUGCAUUCUAGGACCAAGCAUAUAGAGAUAAGAUAUCACUUAAUUCGUGGCUUGGUUGAAGAGAAACUGCUUGAGCUUACUUUCAUUCCAACUGAAAAGCAAUUAGCUGAUUUGUUCACUAAACCACUUGACAAUGCUAGGCAUUUGAGUUUGUGCAAGGCUAUAGGGUUGUGUGACAACAAGUAA